UUCUUCCCUCAGAUCGUACCCCCCAUUCCCCAAUUGCUCUUGCAGGCAACCUUUGAGUGCUUCGCUUGGUUACUUGCCUCCUCCGUGUCCUUCUCCGUCACGAUGGCCACCACUCUUGCAGUCAUGCAGAUCAUCCCUGCCGCCCAGCGGUGAAGCUGAUGAGAUGGAUGUUCUGGUGGCUUCUUUCAGGGGAAUUCCCCCUUGGCUUCGUCAGCCGAGUGAAGAGCACCGUGCCGAGCUCUGCAUUCUUCGGAUGCAAGAGCAAGGUGUCCGCUAAUGGAACCUUGGGCAUUGCCAAUGGCAAGAGCCGUGUGGUGGCCGAGGCUGAGUCCUCCAAGACCAAGGUCGACAGGUGGGCUGGACUGGGGAACGAUAUCUCCGAUGAUCAACAGGACAUCCAGCGCGGGAAGGGUAUGGUGGAUGCCCUCUUCCAGGGUGCUCAGGGGUUGGGUACCCAGAACGCUAUUAUGAGCUCGUGGGGUUACGUCAGCCAGGGUCAGAGGACAUACUCCAUGGACAACAUCAAGGAUGGCCUCUACAUUGCACCCGCCUUCAUGGACAAGUUGGUGAUCCACAUCGCCAAGAACUUCAUGAACUUGCCUGGGAUUAAGGUGCCUCUGAUCCUGGGUAUCUGGGGAGGCAAGGGACAAGGUAAAUCGUUCCAAUGCGAACUGGUCAUGUCCAAGCUCGGCAUCAACCCUAUUGUGAUGAGUGCCGGAGAGUUGGAGUCUGGAAACGCUGGAGAGCCAGCCAAGCUCAUCAGGCAGAGGUACAGGGAGGCUGCGGACGUCAUCAAGAAGGGCAAGAUGUGCGCCCUCUUCAUCAACGACCUGGACGCUGGUACCGGACGAAUGGGAGGAACUACCCAGUACACUGUCAAUAACCAGAUGGUGAACGCCACCCUCAUGAACAUAGCGGACAACCCUACCAACGUGCAGUUGCCUAGUAUCUACAACAAGGAGACCAUCCCUCGUGUGCCGAUUAUCGUGACUGGAAACGAUUUCCCCACUCUGUAUGCUCCCCUCAUCCGUGACGGACGUAUGGAGAAGUUCUACUGGGCACCAACCCGUGAGGACCGAAUCGGAGUGUGCAAGGGUAUCUUUAGGCUGGAUAACGUGCAUGAUUACGACGUGGCCAAGCUAGUGGACCAGUUUCCCGGACAGUCUAUCGAUUUCUUUGGUGCCUUGAGGGCCCGUGUGUACGAUGACGAGGUGAGGAAGUGGAUCGCCAAGGUGGGAAUCGAGAACAUCGGCAGGAACCUGGUGAACUCGAAGGAUGGUCCCCCAACCUUCCAGAAGCCGGCAAUGACCAUCGACAAGCUGAUGGAGUACGGAAACUUGCUCGUCCAAGAGCAGCAGAACGUGAAACGUGUGCAAUUGGCUGAUAAGUAUUUGUCAUCCGAUGCUCUUGUCGACGCGAACGCCGACGCCAUCCAGCAAGGGACCUUCUACGGAUCGAGCGCGUAAGCCAUGAGUAUCAUCAAGCUUCCGAAUGGACUUAGAAAUUCUUGUUGUGUACUGAAUACACAUUCAUGUUUUGAAUUAGCAAAACAUCACGAAGUUGUUCUUGCACGGUUCAGAUGGAUGUUAGCUUAGUACACACCAGAUAAGAAUAGAAUAUAUGAACUGAAACUGAAACAUUCUGAGGUGCUGCUUGAAAUGAUGCUAAGAGGAGGUAGAUGUGUAACAGAACUAGUUCAUGAAUUAUUAUAAUUUUUUUCAUCAUGAAGUUAAAACAUUUUACAACAGUUUCAAAAA